ACGGUACCAAACAUGGGAUAAAGAAUUCAACCGGCUGCCAUCCAUCGAUCUUUCUUCCAGCCGCCACACCAAGGCGCAUUUAUCCUUCAGAAUUUGGUUGCUAUUUUUGUUUAUAUAGUCAACAUAGCAGCCUUGUCUUUCUCACCUCACUAAUUUUCUUCCUCAUGGAAAACUUUCCACUUUUUAGUUUCCCCCCUCCAUCUUCGGCGAUCGUGAAUAAUUCUCGUGCUCAUGCUGAAUUAUUUCAAGGUAUCAAUACUGCAAAUGAAUUCACGGGAGUUAAAUCUGAGAUUGAAGUUCCUGCUGGUGUGAACAGGGAUAGACAAGUUCCGGUUAAUGAGAAAAGCUCGGCGGCGGCCGGGACGGGGUCUGAAGAGAAAGAAGGGAAGAAGAACAAGAGGGAGAAAAAAGUUAGAAAGCCUAGAUUUGCGUUUCAAACCAGAAGUCAAGUUGAUAUACUGGAUGAUGGGUAUAGAUGGAGAAAAUACGGACAGAAGGCAGUAAAGAAUAACAAAUUUCCCAGGAGUUACUACAAAUGUACGUAUCAAGGAUGUAAUGUGAAGAAGCAAGUUCAACGAUUAACUAAAGAUGAAGGGGUUGUUGUGACGACCUACGAAGGCAUGCAUUCACAUCCUAUACAGAAGUCUAAUGACAACUUUGAGCAUAUCUUGAGUCAGAUGCAGAUCUUCUCUUCAUUCUAAAUCAUAUAUAUCAUAUAUAGGCGAGAAUGUUCUGGUGGCCUAAUGAUCAUUUCUCCUUUGUAAAGGUCUCAUGCAAAAUUUAAUAGGUAUGGGGUUUGAACCGAUCGAACCUCAACAUUCAAUAUAUAUAUAUAUAUAUAUAUAUAUAUCAUAUAUAGGCAUGCAUAAGCAUAGGUCUAGACGUUCCACAUAUAUUUAUUUGUAAAUUACAAUUACUUCACAGAACAGCUGCUUUCAAAUGAGGUGUGUUUCCAGAAAGCAGAAACGUUUCUAUAAUUUUCUUUUUUAUGGACAGCAGACUGAGAAUGAAUAAUGGUUACAAUU